CACCCAUCCUCCUCGUCUAAUCCAACUAUACAACCAACAAUAUGUCCUACGCGCUAGAAACAAAGAAGCGCAAGUUCCAUCGAGUCCUCGAGUCCCUAACCAAACCUUCAACCCCCGACCAACCAACCAAAGAAUCCACCACCGGAGCUUCGACAACAGCACGCGAUGCGAUCAAGAAAAUCCGACUGAGCAAAGAUGACGACACCUCUACCUCCUCCAUCAAAAACUCGAUCCUGAAAGUCGCCCGACCCGGCACGCGAGCAUCCUCUGUUUCAUCGACGGCGCGACCUAGUUUUGUCCCUUGGGAUCGCGAGCGCUUCCUCGAACGACUCGAGACGUUUCGGCGGGUGGAUCGCUGGUCUUCGAAGCCGGCUGCGGUCAGUGAAGUGGCUUGGGCAAAGCGAGGAUGGAUCUGUACGGAUGUGUCGCGGGUGACGUGUGUUGGAGGUUGUGGUGGCUCGGUAGUUGUUAAGUUGCCGGACGAGCUGGAUGAAUUGGAUGGGUACGAUGCGGAUAAAGUGCGGGAGAGAAAGGAAGUCCGUUCAAGGCUCGUGGAGGAAUAUACAAAGCGCUUGGUAGAAGGACAUGGCGAGAAUUGCCCUUGGAGGAACAAGGGCUGUGAUGAUACGAUUCACCGCCUACCCCUGGCCAAUCCUGACGUAGCAAUCUCCGGUCUACAAAAACGGUACUUGAACUUGGUGAAGAUGGAGGAUAAGCUACCGGCGGAGGAAGCUAUCCAAACACCAAAGUCGCUUGAUCUUGACGAAAUCAUCAACGUGUUACCAACCGGAUUUGUUGAACCAGACAAGCCGAAUGAAACGACCGAACCAGAAAAGCAGCCAGAGACGACACAGCCAGAAACGAUCAAGCCAGAGAUAAAGGAAGAGGGUGAAAAUCAAGAGAGCUCCCCUCAAGCUCAGGAAGAGAUAUCUCAGAAAAUCACGGUCAACAAAGCAGCCUUUGCAUUGGCGCUCUUUGGCUGGGAUACUGUCUCGGGUGGGACAGCAGGGCUGGCUGCAUGUGGUGCGUGUUUUCGGCGGCUUGGUCUUUGGAUGUACAGGCCAAAGGCGGACGGGGUCGAGAUUGACAACCCGUUGGAAGUAGUCAGUGAACACAUGGAAUACUGUCCCUGGGUCAGCGGUAAAGCACAGAGCGGCACGGGCAAGCCGACUGAUAAACCAGAGACACUGCGCAGUGGAUGGCAAGCCUCGGCCCAGGCACUAAAAGUGAAGCGUCGUCGUCAAAUUCGUUCGACUGCCUCGAUGGACACUCUCCGCGCUGGUUCCGAGACACCUUCCAUGAUGGACGGGUCAGUGAUAGAUUCAGAGGUUGACGAGGAAGCUAAGAAGGCUACUGAUCGAGAGUGGUGGUCUAAGAUCCGGCGACUGCGGCAGGUCUUGAAUGUCAAUUCUCCUAGGAAGUCAACCCCAGGGUGUUAGACACUUCAAGUUAGUUGCUCUCCUGUUAUAGCACAAGCACGGCGUCAUGGUCAUGUUAUUUGGUUCCUAUGUAUAUACCCAUUGACAUUCAUAGAUUUUCAGAUAUUCAAGUAUUUUAGUACAUUUGAUAGCACUUCCAGUGACUUCUUCACACCCCUGCUAUAUGAUUCU